AUGCACGGAUUCUACGGCUUCCAAAACCUAAUGGCAGUGCGCCUCUCGUCCUCUAUCAAGCCAGGCGACUCGGGGUCGGCUGUUCUCGAUGCCAAUACAGGAUGUCUGUACGGCCACAUCACGCUGGGAUCCGCACCUGACACGAUAGCAUACAUGGUUCCCUCGAUUGAUACCUUCACCGGAAUCGUUGCAGCCUUCGGGAAGCUUCCGACCCUGAAAGUCGAGCCACGAUCCCUGGCUGUCGAGAUCUCGCGGUGGAACAUGCAGAAUGUACAGGGCGGAUUGUCUAUGUCCACUAGCUCUUCGGACCUGUGGGAAGAUCCGGAAGAGCUCACGGUUCCUCUGAAUCCGCCAGAAGCCAUCGGAAGCAACAUCCCGCGACUACGCUCACGGGAAAAUGAGCAGGAAAACAUGUUGACCUCACACGAGACAGCACAAGACUCGCAUACUACAGUGGACAAACGUGUCCCAUACGUUCUUGGUGAGCCGAUCCACAUCUACGAUAGCCAAAUGCCGAAGAUUUGGCGAUGA